AUGAAGUAAACUCUAAUUCAAACUGAUUCCAAAUGUUCUUCAACCAAAAGUGCAAACAAAAAUUUUGAUGAUCAAUGGUUUAGAACUCCAAAAGCUAACUAACGUGCUAUUACUUUAUAAUCUGAUGAUAAAAAUUAGACAAAUAGAACCAUAGAAGCCAAAUUAACUACUCAAGCUUGUACUUCUUUCAAAGAAGAAUUCUAAAAAGUAUCAUCUAAAAUAGGAAGUUUUACUACUCCUAUUAAUGAUUUUUAGAGUAAAAUCCAUUAUGUUCAUGAACAGUAAAUGCAAGAACUCAAAGUCUUAGACAUAUAAAAUAUCAAUGUCUCCUUGUAGGUACAUUAUGCUACAAGACUUAGCAAGAAAAUAUGAUUCACAAGAAGCAAAUCCAAAUACAGUAGGAUCAAAUCCAACAAAAGGAUAUUGUCAUUAAGAAAUUAAAAUUGACUAUUUAAUAGUUGACCACUUAUAACCAGUAGCUUUAAUACUAAAUUGAUUAACAAAAAUCCAAUCAUGAUACAAAAGAUUAUAAAAAAUAAAUUAAACUUCUAGAAGAUGAAUUACUUGAUAAGAAUUAUAAAAUUACUUAAUUUUCUAAGGUAUCUCUUUUCAUUUUGUAUUAGUUCAGAUUCAAGAUGAAAUCAAAUCCUUAGAAGAAUUCUAUGUUAGAAUAUUAUCCAAAAUUAGAGUUGAUCUACUCUCUUAAAAUCGUGAAUUAGUUAAAUUACUUAAUCACGUUCAAUGUUUAAAUUAAAUUGCUAUCUUUAACAUUCAAUAAGAUGAUUUACCAAUAGAUCUACUAUUUAAAUAUAAAUAGUAUAACUUAUUUUAAGAUGAUAUGAUCAUUGAUUAAAAAGCAGAAAUGUUUGAAUUAACUAAAGAAAACAAUAAUAUUCUUUCUAAAAUACACGAAGAAAUUAAACAAACCUUUGAAAAAAUAUCAUACAAUCUUGUUGAUGGUUUCUAAGUGCUUAAUAAUUGA